UCGCAGUAAACCGUUUUGGUGUGCUUAAAUAAGUGUUCAGUGUCCCACAUAUACAUUUACGGUAUAGGAGUAGUAUACAAAAAUGGUCCGUACAGAUCACAAUUCCUUCGGCUACGCUUACCAGUUACCCUCUGGGGGUUGGGUUGCCAAAGUACGAAGCGCCCUUUCUCAGUUUAGCGACAUUUUUAGCGAAUUUGAUAAAUAUAUUGCUCCAGCUUACCACCACGACAGAUGCGAAAGGUCUGUGCAAAUGAGGCUCUACACGAUGCAUAAAAGGGAAUUCGUAAUGGUGUUUAUAGCGUUUUUCGCCUGUUUCGGGCUCGGAAUCUUCGUAGGGAUUGCCGGCCCUCCUAUAACAGUCACCACUGAAGUAAACGGAGUGACGACCUUGCCAAAAAAUAAUAGUACGACUGCGAGCCCGAAUAGAAAAGACAUAGCCACUGGUCCUUUUAUCAUGAGAACGCCCAAAAUGUCUACUUACGCCCAGCAGUUGUGGGUCAUUGCCAAACUGUCCACAGAGAACACUGAUGGGGAAAUAAUUGAUAAAAUGUUUGAAAUAUCUGUGGGGAUAUCGGGACUUACUGAGGAUCACAAGCCUGUUUCUAUUCUGGACAUUAACCAAAAUAACAGAACCAGACAUUUGAAAUGCGAGAAACAAAGCUGUGAAGAGUUCAUAGUAUUGCACUUAGGAUUUUUAGACUACACACACUAUAUCAUUACUGUGAACUUUUACGGACUAGAAGCUUUUCAUUCUAGAUACAACAUAAACGAAUUAUACUUUUAUUUUAAAACUUACAAUCCGGGGUUUACCCAAAUCGAAAUUUGGUUCAGGUUCAUAUUUUUGACGUUUACUUUCAUAGUCACAUGCUGGUUUCAGCAUACCCUUCGCAGGUAUCCCAUGUACGACUGGUCCAUCGAACAGAAAUGGAUGUCCAUCCUACUACCGUGGCUGAUGGCUUACGAUAAUCCGGUGUUCCCCAUGUCCUUCCUCAUCAAUUCUUGGAUACCCGGCAUGAUCGACGCGUUAGCCCAAGCUACCUUCCUGUGCGCGUUGCUGCUGUUUUGGUUGUGCAUUUACCAUGGUUUACGACAGAACGAUAGACACUUUCUGACGUUUUAUAUGCCAAAACUCUUCGUGGUUGGGAUGCUGUGGUUCCCUGCCGUCAUCCUGUCGACUUGGCAGAGGGUCAACGAAUUGCAGGACCCCACUUACAACCACACAGUUGACACUUCAAAUUUUUAUAUCGUGAAAGCGUUUUUCUACAUUUUUGGAGUCAUUUACUUGAUCUACUUGUCCGUUUUGAUACUAAGGGCUUACACCGAACUCAGGUCCAUGCCGUUUUUUGGUCUGAGGCUGAAAUUUUUGACGUUACUUAUGCUGGUAGUCCUGAUCAUCAGCUGUAUUAUUACGGUGCUGAGGUUUGGCGUCGGUGUUCUUGAAGACAACUUCGUAGCCCAACUCUCCACUCAUUACACGAACUCCUCGCAGUUUAUGUCGUUCUACGGGUUGCUGAACUUUUACCUCUACGCCAUGGCAUACGUGUACUCUCCGAGUAACAAAGAUAUUCACGGUGAGUCGUUGGGGAUUACCAAGGAUAAUCCGGCGUUCUCUAUGAUAAAUGACUCCGAUGAGGACGUUAUUUAUGGGUCGGACGAGGAGAGCCGCAGGCCUUUGAACAGGGCGCGCAACGACGACGAUAGCGAUUGAAUAGACAAAUAAGCGUGGUAAUUAUUUGCUGUAGCGUAACGCUUCCAAAUCCCCCACCCUAUUUUCAAUGGUGCUGAACACGAAUCCGAGGUUAUUUUUGUGCAGUCGAACAUAAUUUUCGAGAAAAAAAAUCUUACCUUACACUUAACGCAACAUUUAUCACUAUUUCCAACAGUGUACUGUUUCAUUUUUGGUCACCACUUGUGAAUCACCCUGUAUAUCUUUUAAAAGAUGUGACUCAAACAUAUUCUUCACAAAAAAUUGAAAUAACCAAGCUUGUUGUUUUUUUUUCAAUAACAUGUCAUUCAUUUGAUAAAUUAAAUCACAAAAAUAAGCUAUUGACGAAAUGAACGUAAUUAAAUAUUUUGUUUCAUUUUACCCAAUAUAUCAGCUUUAAUCAAUUUGUUACCUGUAGAAAUAAAUUUGCGGUGCUUAAUAACCUUAUUUCAAAUGAUAGACAGAGAGGGGCAAAUUCUAAUCAUGAUGACCUCUUUCCUUAAGGAAGGAAUUAUUUUUUCCUGUAAAAUAGCACAUAGAAAGUCAGUUUGAAGCUCCCUCUUUCGAACAAACUUUGUUUUAUGCAUUUUCAUCAAGAAACAAAUGAGUAGUGACACAUUUAGUGCAGCGCCACGCCUCUUUGAAAUACGUUUUUUUUUUAGCUGAUUGGCAUAAGAAUUAUAAUUUUAUGAAAAUCCCUAAAAAUCUCCUAAAUAGCUCACUGUACGAAGAAAUCAAUAGGAACCUUUUUUGUGGAGAAUUUUAUGCUCUACAACUUUGGUCCUUUACAAGUUUGUGAAAUUUUCAAUAUUUUUCAAGUUAUUCACUACUUUAUGGACUACCUUGAAAAUAGGGGGGCCAAGUCGAUUUUACCCAUUAUUUGUGAGUUCUACCCUAUAAUAAACGAUUACCAAAAGCACCAAGUACCUCCGAAUGCUUGUAUCAAGUGUAAUCUCAAUGUUAUAUUAUUGUAAAAGUAAUAAGUAACCAAUUACCGUCAAUGUUGCAUUGAA